GAGUUGCCAGAAUUGCAUUGUCGCAGCCGCCUAUGACUAUCUUCAUGGAUGUCAUCGGUCUGGAGCCAUGUUCCGGGUCCCUCGGGGGGGUGGCCGUCGAGGACCCUGCGUCUGGUCGGCUGCUCAAAGAAGCUCCGUUGCAAUAACAAAACGUUGGCGUGGAAUAAUACGACAUCGUUCCUCCGCUCGGGAAAAGCCUGGUCCUUUCGACACAUCGCUUCACAGGUGCAGUUGCAAGAGAGACCUGAGGAGGGUAUUCGAAUACCGGUAUUGGAUGUACAGGAAGACCGGCAGGUUGUACAGCGCAAAGGACCAAGAUGUGCAACUCCCACGGUGUCUCUGCUAGAUGCGAUGCGGGAAUGUGGACUGGACUACGAGGUCGCUUCGCCCUCGUCAAUACGUCCCGAAUGGGUACAAAUAGAGGCAACCGCUGAAGUAUCGCAAGAUCCAGCAGAUUCGACGAAAUGUACACCGCAGCCGAGUCUGUCGUUGCAAGGGAUUCUAGCCGAGUACCUCCAACGCGUGGACCCUCACCUGAGUCGGAUGAAGGACAAUACGGCCGUAUCACCCCAAAUAGACCAAGUGCUAGCGGAGGUGUUUCCUCUUAAAAGCCUCGAUUAUCUUGCAAAGCGAGGGUUCGACCCUAGCGACGUUAUGGCUUGGGCUUGGAUACUGAAGAGCAAGGAUGCUUCCCGGAGAGCUCUUCGGUUGGUUUUACUAGAUGAGAGCUACAGGCUUGCGGGGGGGAUAUCUGACCAAAAACGCAUCCCGUCGUUUCUUUUGCUCUUGCUUUUGCGACAAAAAAGAGUGGACUCGAAAACUUUUCGUUUACUCCUUCUUUACUCCCUCCAUCUCAUGGGCACCCGCCCCUCCCCGACCGGUCGUUCUGUUCUCGGGAUUCUGUCGGACGAGCCCAAUCAUCUCCACGCGAUACCUCAGCCUCAAGCGUUUGGCUCGUUGGUUGAUCCCUCCACCUGCAUGACAAUCGUGGUACGCCUACUGCAUCAUGCCCGCCAGGUCUGGCCACAGGCCCAGCUCACAAUCGCGCGCGCGUUUGCCUUUUUUCUCAACAACGUCGAGGGCAAAGACACCACACCUGCUGUCCUGGCAAGGGCUCGAUUCAAAACCAAGAAACUCAACACAUGCCUCUGGCUUCUUUCCCUGCCCUCAGCGGUGGCCCCCUUUGCGUCGGUCCCAAUCCAGCAACAGGCGCAGUUCGAGUUGCUCAAGACGAUGGCAGCGCAUAAGCCCAUUAUCCCCAUUCUACGGCAAGGAUACCAGGGUAUUGUCGCUGUUCAGUUAGCCCACAAGAAAACGGAAGCCGAAAGACAGUUUGCCGAACUGAAAUCACCCUCAUGGCCGCCAUGGAAGGAAGAGAAGCUGGGACUUGAUUUCCAGCGCGGGAUUGAGGGAAUGAAAAGCCGUGCGAUGCAAGUAAUGUCCCAGAUGAAAGAAGCGGGCUACAACCACACGCUCUGGGAGGAAGUAUCUACGAUUUUUGCCGGCUGGGACACCGAUCAGAGCCCGACCAUCCAGACCCGCACGUUAACGCCUCGAUCGCCAUCAGCUUUCUCCAAGCCCCGUGGAAGCCGGCCCAACCACCAGGCGAUCUGGACAGCCCGGAUUCUCACUACGCGUACCGUGCGCGAGGCAUGGGCCUGCUUCCUCUCAUACCAAGACCAAGGCCUUCCGGCGCAUAAAACCGUCUAUCACGCCAUGGCAGAGAAACUCGCCUUUCGCCAGAAGGCAAUCCAAAGCGGCUUUGAUCACCAAAGCCUUGCGUUACCGGGGGAUGGUCCCGAGGUCUAUCCGGAACCAUCAUCUGCUCGGGACGUGAUUUACGUCGCAACGGAACCGCCAACAAUAGAUGAAUUCCUCCAGACGAUGGUGUCCCACGGAAUCCGGCCGUCCGGCCGACUACUGGCUAGACUGUUGACAACCGCGCCUACUCUCAGUUCUGGGCUGAGCACUCUUCAGUCCAGUGACAUGUCUGAAGAGCAUGUCAAGGCUCUGACCACCGUUCAUCGGCAUUCCGAUUCCUACGAUCUGCAGAGCCUGAACGAAAUCCCGGGCUAUAUAUUUUCCUCUUUCAUCGCUUUCCUGUGCAACAUUUCUACCAGCAUAUCCAGAAAUGGAUCGUAUGCCACCGAUACGUUUCCGAUGACAGCUGCCGAGAAUGCCCACGAAACGAUGCCCCAAGCCUUGCUGGAGAAUCCUGAAGACACGAGAUCGGUCCUGCCUCACGCCGUUCAACUCAUGUCGUUACGAGAUUCGACUCACCAGCCAUCCUGGCACCAUCUGCUACGCGCAGUCGGCAGACCCCGUGCGAGACCUUCAUAUCAAAGACUGAGCUGGAACGUUCAACAUAUCCUCGCCUGGCAUGAGGUCAAAUGCAUCUAUGAAUGGAUGAAGAAACGUGGUGUCGAGAUCGACACCGAGACAUUACGUCACCUCUGUGUUAGAUUCUCCAACGCCUUGAGCACCGCGAUCAAAGACCCCAGUGCUGCCGAAGAGUCCUUGCAGCUGGCGAAGGAGGCAUCCCGUCUGAAAGACAUGUUCCGUCCGCAACACAUACCUAGCACAUUGGACGAGAUGGUCUGCGAUGGGCUCCAGCUGCUGAAGAACGAGCUCAACGGUCUUGUUCUUUCGAAUGACAACGUCAACAAGGAAGGAGGGUUUCUUAACACCGACCCACAAGAGCCCUCCUCCUCCUCCUCCUCCUCCUCCUCCUCCUCCUCGUCGCCCGCCCCGCUGCCUCCAAUGCUCAAGGUCCCCCACUCAGCGACACUUCAUGCCUUUGUGCGAGCUCUGGGACUGGCAGAGGACUCUGAAGGCCUACUGAAUCUCCUCCGAUGGAUGAGUCAGUCGGCGGCAACACUCAAAGAAGCAUCGGAUGAACACCUGAAUGGGGAGCGCAUGCUGCGACGAACACUGGUUGCGGUCCGGGUAUUUAUCGAGGGAUCGUGGCGGCGAACCGCCUCGUCGGCACUUCAUUCAAAGGAGGUGUACCGGUUCGAGCAUCCGGUCCUUGAUACCAGCAGGGAAUUCGACGAUGUCGUCCCGACGAACCCUGCAGCCGGGGAGGCGAAGGCGAUCUUCGACGCCACGCCGUUGUGGGGAUCCUGGCCCACGGACGAAGAGGUUCAAUCGUAUCUCUACGGAGAGCGAAAUGUACAAUAAAUUGUUUUGUAGUAUAUAAUAGACACGAUACACACGGAC